AGUCUGACUGACGGGGAAAAAUGGCCGACACGUCGGGGACAGAGUUGUCAGACGAGAAAGAAAAAGAAUCGGACUCCGAUCGCAAAAACAAGCAACAGACGCAUGUGUGGCAGGAUGCAAACAAGUCGGGAAAAGGCAUUAUUUCUUCACCCCUGCCCGAGACGCUGGGCUUUUACGACAUUAGCGCUGACAUCAGGCGCGAGCGAAGGGACCACUCGGCAGAUUCAUCGCUGACCCGCUUUAUCUGCACGGAGCUGACCCGAGGCUACUUCCUGGAGCACAACGAAGCCAAGUACACCGAACGUCGAGAGAGGGUGUACACGUGCAUGCGCAUCCCCAAGGAGUUGGAAAAGUUGAUGAUCUUUGGUUUCUUCCUGUGCGUGGACGCCUUCCUGUACGUGUUCACACUGCUGCCCCUCAGGGUGCUGCUCGCUCUGCUCCGCCUCCUCACUCUGCCCUGCUUUGGCUUCAGGGCACGCACAUGCCCCUACUGCAGAAGAAGCAGUGGAUCGAGGCUGCUGCAGCCGGCGCAGGUGUGUGACAUUUUGAAAGGACUCAUCCUGGUGCUGUGCUUCUUCAUGAUGCACUACGUGGACUACGCCAUGAUGUACCACCUGAUCAGAGGGCAGUCCGUCAUCAAACUCUACCUCAUCUACAACAUGCUGGAGGUGGCAGAUCGCCUCUUCUCCUCCUUCGGCCAAGACAUCCUGGACGCUUUGUACUGGACAGCCACAGAGCCUAAAGAGCGCAAGAGGGACAGCAUCGGAGUCAUCCCUCACUUCCUCAUGGCUGUUUUAUAUGUUUUCCUCCACGCCAUUCUUAUCAUGGUCCAAGCCUCCACGCUAAACGUCGCCUUCAACUCGCAUAACAAGUCUCUGCUCACCAUCAUGAUGUCCAGUAACUUCGUGGAGAUCAAAGGCAGCGUUUUCAAGAAAUUUGAAAAGAACAACCUGUUCCAAAUGUCCAACAGUGAUAUCAAAGAGCGCUUCACCAGCUAUGUUCUCAUGCUCAUCGUGUGUCUGAGGAAUAUGGAGCAGUUCUCAUGGAAUCUCGAGCACCUGUGGGUGUUGUUCCCCGACGUCUUCAUGGUCCUCACUUCCGAAGUGGCGGUUGACGCCAUCAAACACGCUUUCAUCACCAAGUUCAAUGACAUCACGGCAGAUGUUUACAGUGAAUACAGAGCCAGCUUAGCUUUUGAUCUCGUCAGCAGUCGACAGAAGAACGCUUACACGGACUACAGUGACUCGGUGGCCCGCCGGAUGGGCUUCAUCCCGCUGCCUUUGGCCGUGCUACUUAUCCGGGUGGUCAUGAGUUCAGUAAAGGUGCAAGGAGCCCUGUCAUACACGUGUGUGCUCCUCUUUUAUCUCGGACUGGUCACACUGAAAGUUCUGAACAGCAUUGUGCUGCUCGGCAAAUCAUGCGUGUACGUCAAGAGGGCCAACAUGGAGGGCAAAUUGUUCGAGAAGCCACGCGCCGCACCUUCGUCCUCCUCAGCCAAGACUCCCAACAAGAAGGCCGACCACGUUACGACCACGACACCCUCAGAUGACACCAAGUCGAACUCAAAACGGCCCUCCGUCCGUCUUUCCUCCUCACCCUCCUCUUCUUCAGUGACUACUCAGCCAGCACCAAGGUGGGACUUUCCUCCACCUUCUGGCGACUUUUCGGCCUCAGCGCCUGCAUCGCCACCUCCCCCUCCUCUUGACCAGCCGCCUCCUGUACUCGAACCCCUGCAGCCUGCUCCCUUGCCCCCCAAAGUGGAGCAGGAGCAUGAACCCGAGGUUAGACCCAAGGCUCCUAAAAAGGACCUUCUGGAGAUUGACCGCUUCACAAUCUGUGGCAACCGCAUAGACUGAGGGAAAAGACACGAGUAAGUUACUGGAUGGGCAUUUCCUGUCGCUUUGAGACGUUUCAUGACAGGAAGAUUAAGCGAGCUGAUAAUCAGUAUGCAGGGAAGCUGGAUCUGAAAGAACCUUUAAAGGUACGGAAGAGCACAGCUAAAGCCUACACAAAAGGUGUAGGGGGGACUCUCACUCCAUGAGAAAGGAUUCCCGUCCUGAUUGUCACAAUGCUGCAUAAAAUGGGGUUUACAACUUCCUCAAGACCAAGACAAUGUUGCGCUUGUUCUUUUGGUUUUACGAUUUAUAAUUGUAAAGCCUAUGUUGUUGCUUUUUCUUGAUUCAAAUUCAAAGAUGAGCUAACGUUCGAGAAAGGAGUUGAGUUCAGUUCGCAUGUCUGUAGCCACUUUCACACAGAGGUCACGCUAAAUACGUCAUUCUUUAAAACAGAAACCCUGCAUAAUGAUUACCUCUUUAACACGGUAAUCCUGCAAAAUUACCACAACUUUAAUACAGAGAGCCUGAAAAAUCACAGCCUUAUUCUCGCAGAUACAGAAAAAUUAGGACCACUUUCACCCCUUUGAAUACAACCGCCCCUUUUACACAGACAACCUUAGGAAUUUAUUUCACUCAGACCCUGCACAAUUACUACCUUUUUUCCACACUGAUCUUGCAGUAUUGCAAACAUUAUCUCAGAGAGAGCCUGAAAAAAAAUCACACCUCUUGCUAAAUGAUCAUCACUUUCAUACGGACAACUUGCAAAGUCAGAGCCUUAGUCGCUGACAUUUUGCCAGUGCCGUCUCUCAUACAGAAUUACAACUUCUCAAACAAAGAAAAUAAAAUUUUAGCCUGAUUCAUACAAAGACCAUGCAGGUAUCAUCUGCAAAGUGGCCACCGCUUUUGCAUAAAGACUUUACAAAAUUGCAGCCUUUUUUACACAGAGAUCCUACAAACAAAAACCAUGCAAAAAUAAUAGCCUUCGUGACACUUGAAAAAUCACCAUGAGAAUUACCUGCAAAAUUGGUUUCAUAUUCACGUAAUGUGAUACGUCAGUUUCCAACACAGAUCCUUCAUAAAGACUGUCUUUCUUACGCAGAAACCCCCCAAUAUUUUUCCUCACGCAGAGACUCUGCAAAAUGAAAAUGCCUUUUUCACCCACCCUUUUUGAUAAUAAGGAUUCUGCUUCGUAGUGCACAAAUCACAAAAGAGCAAUCGAUUUUCAGAAGUGAACCAAAAUAGCCGGACCAAUUCUGAUCCUUCAUGUAGAUGUCCUGCCUGCUGUCCCAAUACUUUUGUCCAUAUAGCGUUAGCACUGAUGGAGCAAACUUGCUUGUUGCCAUUUUUUUAGCCUUCACUGCCAUGUUUACAUCCUUGUCGUAGUCAGAAGGCUUUUCACAAUGAAAGCCUUUUGAUCUGGAAUGUUUUCAGAUUUGACUUUGAUUGCAAUGAAAUUAUUGUUUGUUCCCUGCAGAAAUAUGAAUUAUCCUCUUUUAUUCACAUAUAAGAUGUGACAUGUCAGGUGUGAUUUAUUGAUUUAUUUAAUUUUAUUUAAGGUACUUCCCACCAUGUCGGCGAGGGCGAGUACAUAAGAGAAAGUUUAUAUGGUUUACUGCCUUUGUUGUACUUAUAAUAAUGAAAUAAAAUAUUUUUGCGGAAGUGCCACCUGU